GUCAGCAUCAGGGUUAAGUACACCGAGAAACCUGCGCAAACAAACGACUCAUCUCAACAUCAACGGAGAAUUAAACAAAGGACUAAAGAUAGAACAUCAAGAGCUAGAAAACAUUCCUCCAGAGAAGAUAAGAAGCCAUGGGAGCUGAUCGCUAUCAUGAAAAGCCAGCGCUGGUUUCCUCAGGAGGGAAGUGUGCGGAGGCUCCUGUGUGCAGACCCCUCCUGCCCUGUCUGCAAUGCUAUGGCUCUGGAGAUUAAGCAGUUGCUGGCGAGUGAGAGUACCCCCAUCUCUCCCACUUCAUCGAGGCGAUCGCAGGGCUCCUCUUGCCUAGAUAUUUUGUCCCUGUCUAAUUUGUCUUUUGGUCCAAGUCAGAGUUCCCAGCACUCCAGAGAGCUUUCAGUUCCACCUGUAACCCCCUCAAUGACACAACUAAAGGAUCACAAAUCCUUAACCCAGUCAGCUCCCCAGUCAACUGGUGCAAUCAGCAUCCAAGAUUACUGGGCUGACCACCAACUAAGGCAGGAAUUUCAAGCACCAGAUGUGUUCUGGGACGCAAGAGAUCCGUCUUCUUCGAGCCUUGAGGAGUGCAGGAUUCCUGUGAACCAACAGAACAAGAAGAGCAACACCGAAUAUGUCUCAGAGAAACAAGAAGCUGCAGAAGCUGGCUUGGGAAAUAAGAUGAAGCAUUUUACACACUGGAUUAAACACAAGUUGAAAGAUCAAGGGCAUAAAGAAUCCAUUCUCCUUUCUGAGGAUGAGACAGUGGCCAAAACCACGACCAAAAAGGUUGAGAAGAGUCCACCCUCCACCAGACGCCCUGUGAAGCAAUAGAGGACAAGAAUAUCACCUUCUUUGAUGCCCACCAGUGCCUAGACAAUGAACUCCAGCCACACCCCUUUGAGCCUGGCCACUCCUGGUUCCAGUGCCUUUCCCACAACAGAUCUAAGCACUGUCCUCAGCUGACUUGUGCCACUCAACCAAAAAUCCAUGCCAGGUCUCAACUCUCACCUCAGCAGGAGGCACUGGUCUAUACAGGGAGAAAACCCAUCCCAGAAAAAAAAGAGUUCAGGGUUUCCAAAAACUCUGCAUAUUUCUGAAAAAGGCUGUCAUCGUUUCCAUUAAUUUGCAGGUGAGGCAGUACCUUCUCCAAAUAUACACUAUAACUCUCUGCAAAGAACCACCUGUUUUUGCCUGCUUAUUUUCAAUGUGAUAUGUAAUGAAGAGAGUAGAGGAGGUAGAUAGUACUUCCCAUAUGGUAUAAGAGCUUAAAUUCAUAUUUCAGAUGGAUUAGCAUUCCACGUAACUCUUUCAGCUCCACCCUGAACUACAGAUAAAGGGACUUGGGCAGAAAAGGAAGACCCUUCUCUAAGGUGCAUUGAAGCCAAAGAUCAGGCUUGAAUUCUUCUGAUAGUGUCUUUGGGUCCCAGAGGAGCAAUGUGAACAUGAAGACAGCACAAGAAGUAGUGGCCAGGAAUCCAGUGCAUUUUUGGCCUAUAGACACAAUUUAUGGAUAAACUCUGUAUAUCCAGAACCUGUAGGGAAGGUUUUUAGAGGAGUGUGCACCAUCCUUGGGGAGGUGCUUUGUGUUUAUCAGAAGCACAAAGCUAAUAUGACAGAUGUCAAAAGUAAAUGAUAGCAUCUUCCCUCUCUGUGCCCUCUUAUUAUUGAUUAACUCUUUAAGGGUUAGCCAUCUGGGAACCUGCAGUAGCCUGUUGCCUGUUUGACCCUC